AAUAUAAAUACGAAAAUAGCCCUACAGAAAAUCAAAAGGACAUUUCACACUUAAUAUAUUUCCCUUUACUUUUUUCCCUUGUCCACCACAGUGCACACCGCCGUCCAUUCUUUUUGGUUCUCUCUAGAAGGUCGAGGAUUGUGUAAUCGCCGUAUUGUAAUUAUCGUCGAGAAAGUAGUGUUUUGGAGUCGGGAAAUGGGCCAGAUCCAGUAUUCCGAGAAGUACUUCGAUGAUACUCACGAGUACAGGCAUGUUGUUCUUCCUCCAGAGGUUGCAAAACUGCUUCCGAAGAAUCGGCUUCUCUCCGAGAACGAAUGGCGCGCGAUUGGGGUUCAACAGAGCCGUGGUUGGGAGCACUACGCUAUCCACCGACCCGAGCCACACAUUAUGCUGUUCAGGAGGCGAUUGAACUAUCAGCAGCAGCAAGACAACAACAAUCAAGGUCAGCAAAACAUACUUGCCAAGUGAAGUGAAGUGAAGUGUUCUUCGAGUUUCUGGUAUUAAUCCUACUUUUCUUCGGUUUCUUUCAAGUAGGAAAGGUUUGGUAUCAUUUCUCCUGGAAAUGUGCUUUAUAUAUCUUGCUUAUGCUUUGUGAAAAUUAGAGUGGUUUGAUGAGACACUAUGAACUCUUUUUGUUGUGGGGUGGGGUGGGGUGGGGAGGGG